AGCAGACGUAGAGGACAUUGAACACUGGAGCCCCUUACAGACGACCCCCAAGAUUGAUAUAAUGCUUCUGAACUGCACAUUUGUUCAAUGUACUCGCAGCUUCUACUGUUCGAGCAUUUAGCUAUUCUGUUUACUUAUUAUAUACAUACAGGGGGUAGAUAGAAAUUCUGCCCGCCCGUUUGAGGCAUAUAAAGAUAUCUGCAAAUUAACUGCUUACUUCUGCAAUCAGUGCAUAACCUUUUGGAGGAACCGCAGCAUGGCAUGCUGCAUUUCUGCUCGGCUCCUGUAGAUGCGAGCACAUUUUAGUUUCUUUUUUUCUCCAGAAUUUUGCAAUUUGCUUACAUUUGUUUACACGUGCUGCUGAUCGAAAGCAAGGAACUAAACGUAGACGAUGUCAGCCAGGACUGCGUUUGCACCCUUUAAGUCCAGGAUAAUUUUUUCUAAGCGUGCACAAGUUUUGUGGGGGCUCUGGAAGUCUGGAGGUCUGAAAUAUCAGGCGUGUCGGACCCUACAUGUGGACACCCCCCCCUGCAUACCCACGGUCACCACCAGCUAUGUGCAUGGCACCUCCAGCUUCUCCCUCCUCUCCUGCACCGUGCCCCAGGCCCUGCAGGCGACAGUGGACCGCUGGCCGGAUCGCGAAGCCGUGGUGUUCCUGAAGGAUGACAUCCGGAAGACCUUUGCACAGUUCCAGCAGGACGUGGACCAGGCAGCCGCAGGUCUACUGGCUCUGGGGCUGAAGAAGGGUGACAAGCUCGGCAUGUGGGGGCCAAAUAUUUACGAGUGGAUCCUGUUUCAAUUUGCCACAGCGAAGGCUGGAAUCGUGCUGGUGUCUGUGAACCCAGCCUAUCAGCUGCAGGAGGUGGAGUUUGCGCUGAGGAAGGUACAGUGCCACGCAGUGGUGUGCCCGACCCAGUUCAAGACGCAGAAGUACUACGAGAUGCUGAGGAAGAUCUGCCCGGAGAUGGAGACGGCCAGGCAAGGAGUCUUCAAGAGUGGCAGGCUGCCAGACAUGCGUAUGGUGGUCCUGACUGACAGUCGCCAGCCGGGGGCGCUCCACGUGGACGACGUCUUCCAGGCAGGGGGCAGUGAGGAGCUGAAGGAGCUGGAGGCCCUGCAGAAGAAGCUGUCCUGCGAUGAUCCCAUCAACAUCCAGUUCACAUCGGGAACAACCGGGAAUCCCAAAGGCGCUGCUUUGUCUCACCACAACAUCGUCAACAACUCCUACUUCACUGGUCGACGCAUUGGGUUUGACUGGCGGCCUCAGGUCAGAGUGUGUGUGCCGGUGCCCCUGUACCACACCUUCGGUGCCGUCUGCGGGGACAUGUGCAUGGCAGUGCAUGGGGUGACACUUGUCUUCCCGUCACCUGGGUACGAUGGACGCGCCAACCUGGAGGUCAUUCAGAAUGAGAGGUGCACCUUUGUCUUCGGGACGCCCACCAUGUACAUCGACAUGCUGGGCCAGUAUGACCAGAACAAGCAUGACCUGUCAUCUCUGGAGGCUGGGAUAAUGGGUGGUUCUCCGUGUCCUACUGAAGUCAUGAAGAAAGCCAUGAACGUCAUGAAUAUCAAGGAACUGGUGAUUGCCUACGGCACCACGGAGAACAGUCCUGUGACAUUCCUCAGCUUUCCCCGGGACAACCUGGAGCAGAAAACCAAGACCGUGGGCUGUGUCAUGCCCCAUAUGGAGGCCAAAAUCAUAAACCCCGUGUCUGGGGAGGUAGUGCCGCUUGGAAUCUCGGGAGAGCUGCUGAUAAGGGGCUACUGUGUGAUGCUGGAAUACUACAACGACGAUGCCAAAACGCAGGAGGUCAUCGGGAAGGACCGCUGGUACAGGACCGGGGACAUCGCAAGCUUGGACCAGUACGGGUACUGCCGCAUCGAGGGCCGCAUAAAGGACAUGAUCAUCCGCGGUGGGGAGAACAUCUACCCAGCUGAGAUCGAGCAGUUUCUGCAUAAACACCCCAAAGUGCACGAGGCACAGGUGGUCGGGGUGAAGGAUGAGAGGAUGGGAGAAGAGGUGUGUGCAUGCAUCAAGCUGAAGGAAGGAGUGGACUGUACCCCAGAAGACAUCAAAGCCUACUGCACGGGUCAGAUUGCCCAUUUUAAGAUCCCCCGCUAUAUAGUGUUUGUGCAGGAAUAUCCAGUCACAGUCACAGGAAAGAUUCAGAAGAACAAACUGCGUGUGCAGAUGGAGAAGAAGCUGGGGCUGUAAGCAGGGCGGUGAGUCUGAGAGAGGAGGAGCCACUCGCGCUCCCUGCAGCUCGGCGUUACGGCAGAUAGGAAGCAUGAUCCCCGAAGCACGGCAGGCCUGCAAGCAGAGGGCCGCCCUCAGCCCUCAUAUCACAGUACUGUUUGGGCACCGGAAAUUACCUCUAUAGCUGUGAAGCUUUUUAUGUGAACACAGUAAUGAUUCUUGUAUUUUAUACUACACACACGUACCCAUUGUUCAUGUUACUGACUUCUGCGCCAGAAAACUCACACUUGUUACUUCAGAAUUGUUUUCAAAAAUUAAUGAAUUCUUAAAAGCAGUAGAUCAUGUUUUGAUCAUGAAAACUAAGAUGACCAGUAGCUUUUAAAUGUCGUUCAAAUUCACUCAGGUUCUAGUCUUUAUGUUCCGUUGUCUCCCCCUGUGGUAGCCUGUGGUAAUGCAUCCUUCUUGUCUCAUUCCCCAGUUACGGUGCCAUGUGGUCAUGUAUAACAUUCCACUUUUAUGUUGAUAGCUGCAUUUAAAGGCUGAUGCAUCGCGCCAAAGGAUAAAGAAUGAAAUGCUCUUAAGAGUUGUUUUGUUUAGUUUUCAAACAAACAUACCUCUCGGCCUAAUACCUGUUUGGUUGUAAAACACAGUCAAUUCAAUCAGUCAAUUCAAAAACUUUCAAAGACGUCUUGUAUUUGUGAUUAUCAAAGUCUUGAAAGUGGGUAGAUCUACAAAAAUUAAAUUAAGAUCAUUGCUCUCAGAAAACAUUACAAUAAAUACUAGAUGACUUGCCUA